AUGAAGUUAGUAUCUCACUUUCUGCUAUUCUUACUCUUUGAUAUCUUUCUAGCUGCUGUUCAAACCGAACAAGCCGUAUUGGAAUCGUCGCAUGGGCCGCCUCCGCUAGACGAACAACUACAGGGGCUCGUCACUUGGGAUGAAUAUUCUAUCAUCGUCCGCGGAGAACGCAUCCUAUUCUUAUCGGGCGAAUUCCAUCCGUUCCGACUUCCUUCGCCCGGCCUAUGGCUCGACAUCUUCCAAAAGAUAAGAGCCCUAGGGUAUUCCGGUGUCUCCUUCUAUUUGAUGUGGGGACUAUGCGAAGGUGAACCGGGUCACUUCCAAAGUGAUGGCGUCUUCGACCUGCAGGAAUUCUUUGAUGCAGCAACCCAGGCAGGAAUAUACCUGAUAGCUCGUCCUGGGCCUUAUAUCAACGCCGAAGUAUCCGGAGGCGGACUUCCCGGAUGGCUACAACGGCUGAACGGCGAUGUAAGAUCAGUAGCUCCAGACUACUUGAAUGCUACAAACAAUUACAUUGCGAACGUUGGCAGAAUUAUCAGCCGUGCCCAGAUAAACAAUGGCGGCCCGGUCGUUCUAUUCCAGCCGGAGAAUGAGUACACUAUGUGUUCUGGGUUUACAUCAAUCGACGAAAUCAGUGCUUGCCUUGACAAGAACUAUAUGGCUACCGUGGAAGAGCAAUACAGGCGGUCAGGGAUUGUUGUGCCAUUCGUCAGCAAUGACGCUGUGCCUCUUGGAAAUUGGGCGCCAGGGACAGGUGCAGGUGCCGUGGACAUUUAUGGCUUCGACAAUUAUCCCUUUGGCUGGGGGACUGGAUGUCAGGACCCCUAUAAUUGGACCCGAAUAUUAGACCCUCUGAGCCUGUACAAUUUUUCCAAGCACCAAGAUACAAGCCCAAAAACCCCAUUUGCCAUCAUAGAGUAUCAAGGAGGCGCUCCUGAUCCUUGGGGUGGAGAAGGUGUCAACGCUUGCGCAGCUAUGAUCAGCCCUGGAUUUUCACGGGUUUUCUAUAAGCUAAACUUCAGCCUCCGUGCUACAAUUGUGAAUCUGUAUAUGAUGUUCGGCGGAACUAACUGGGGUAAUCUGGGUUAUCCUUCCGGGUACACCUCAUACGAUGUUGGAGCCCCCAUUAGUGAAGAUCGCCUAGUGACACGCGAGAAAUACAGCGAAAUCAAACUUCAGGCGCAGUUCAUGCAAGUAUCCCCGGCCUAUGUGGUCUCCCGGCCGCUCAUUGGUUCUUCCGCGCGCACCAACUCUUCAAACUUGGUUAUUACUGUGCUCCAUGGAGGUCCGACUAAUUUCCUCAUUGUUCGACACUCGGAUUAUGGUGCCCUCGAGUCUACGCCGUACCAGAUCAUCGUGCAUACCAGUGUGGGAAAUUUCACGAUUCCUACAUUAGGGGGUUCUCUAGUAUUUCAUGGCCGUGACUCUAAGAUCCAUGUCACGGACUACGAAAUGGGCGGUAUAAGCCUGAUCUAUUCGACGGCUGAAAUCUAUACCUGGAAGCAGUCAGGAUAUAAGACAGUUUUAUUGAUGUAUGGUGGCGCAGGUGAGAUGCAUGAGUUUGCUGUUCCACUAGCAUCCGACCAAUUGAGGAUACUGGAGGGUAAUGAGACCACUCAUCAUGGAAUCAACAAUGUUACCAUCGUGCAGUGGAAUGUCAGUGCUGAGCGCCAAGUCAUCAGCUUUGGUGAUAAGCUGGAGGUGUAUUUACUCUGGCGAAAUCACGCAUACAAUUACUGGGUUCUCGACUUACCUCUUCCUGGCCCGGUGGGUCUGCAUGUUUCUCCUUCAAGAGCGAAUUUCUCGGUCAUUGUUAGAGGUGGGUAUCUCAUGCGGAAUGCGACGAUCUCUAAUGGAAUAUUGUCCCUUACUGGAGACCUUAAUACGACAACAGAAAUCGAAGUGAUUGCCGCUCCUGCUGGCUGUUGCUCGGCUCUUACAUUCAACGGUAAGAAGAUCAAGACGAGAUUGACCAGUGGACGGUUAAACGGCCUCCUUGAGUAUGAAGCACCGAUAAUUGCCUUUCCUGAUCUCAACACGGCGAGGUGGCACUACAUCGAUUCACUUCCGGAGCUUGAGUCAUGCUACGACGAUAGCCGCUGGACUGUGUGUGAUCAUGAGACAUCCAACAAUCCCCGAAAACUUACUACACCCACAUCGCUCUAUGCAAGUGAUUACGGCUACCAUGCAGGUUCCAUUCUCUAUCGAGGUCAUUUCAUCGCUAAUGGUGGCGAGGCAUCGUUCUACCUGUCCAGUCAAGGAGGGUAUGCUUUCGCACACUCUGUGUGGUUGAAUUCGACGUUUCUCGGCUCAUGGACCGGAAGUCCCGCUAUGCAAACCUACAAUCAGACCUUGGCUUUCCCAGAGAAACUUAGUGAAGGGGCUUCCUACGUGUUGACAGUUCUGAUUGACCAUAUGGGACUGGAUGCAAACUUUCUCGCUAAUGUGCAAACCAUGAAGGCCCCGCGAGGUAUCCUCGAUUACAGCCUUUCCGGCCAUGAGAGCAAAUCUGACAUUACGUGGAAAAUGACGGGCAACUUUGAAGGGGAACGACAUCGUGAACUCAGCCGAGGCCCUCUCAAUGAAGGAGCUACAUAUGCUGAGAGACAAGGAUUCCAUCUUCCUGGAGCCCCUGUCCAGGGGUGGCUGCAUAAGUCCCCUAUGGAUGGGCUGCCGGGGCCCGGUCUAGGCUUUUUCGCCACUACAUUCAAUCUCAGCUAUCCUCAUGGGUACGAUAUCCCGACAAGCAUUACAUUCGCAAACAGCUCGGCUAUCGACGAUCCUACCGCGCCAGGACUAUUUCGGAUUUGCCUCUUCGUAAAUGGAUGGCAAUUUGGAAAAUAUGUGAACAAUAUUGGCCCGCAGACAACUUACCCUAUCCCUGAAGGUGUUCUUAAUCACCAUGGAGAGAACUACCUCGCCCUAACUUUUUGGGCAUUGGACGGUACUGGCGCGAAGCUAAGUGAUAUUCGAAUAGGGAAUAGUGCAAUAGUCCAGACCGGAUACCUAUCACCCAAGUUGAUUACUGCCUCAAAAUAUGCGAUCAGGGGAGAGAGCUAUUGA